GAAUCAAUAUACUCCUACUUUGCAUUCUCUCUCUCUCUAAAACUUAUAUUAUUUCAUACUCUCGGUGGUUUAUAGCCAUCAAAUUGGUGCUCUCAUUGAGAGGAGAGGAACAUACUCUUAGGUUAACUCCCGAACGCGAGAAUGGUGCAAACAAGGAGCAACAUCCCCACCACCAGCCACGUCGUUGGCGAGGAGAACGCGCCGGGCAGCGGCAACGGUACGGGCGGCAUCGGCUCGACUCCGGACGCGGUCCAGGCGCUGUUCGGCUUGGGGGUGACCGCGGAGCAGCUCCAGGCAGCCGUUGCGGCACUUUCCGCCAUGGGUGGGAACGUGCCCGGCGCCGGAGUUGGCAAAGCUCCGCCCGGUCUCCAUGCCGAACACGCUGCCACUUCCCAACACAAGGGGAAGAAGACCCGGAGGAGUAGAAGGAGGCCCGGCAAGGCCCCGGCGAUCGAGGAGGUGAUUGUGGAGGACGUCCCGGAUGAGGAGGACGAUGAGUCCAGCGAGUGCCGAGUGUCAGCCUUCAGGCGCUUAGGAGGGGAAGAGACCCGGGUGUCGGCCUUCGACAGGCUCGAUCGCGGACUGGAAGUUCGCCUGGGCGACCUCCGCCGACAAAUAGCCGAAGGCAGGCGGAGGCAUGCUGAGGAGUCCGCAACAUCGGAUGCUCGCUCGGCGAGGUCCGAGCGGAGCGGAGAGAGGCGGGAGGAGCGCACCCAGCGUCGCCAUAGCCCGACGAGAACUGAGAAGACAAAGGUCUCUGACCAAGGAGUAUCUCGGCUCGCACAUGAGAUUGCCGAGCUUAAGCGCCGAAUGGAGACCAAGGCUCCCUACAGCCAGCCCAUCUUGCGGACGGUAACCCCGUUCACUCCGAGGGUUAUGUCGGUUCCGCUGCCGGCAAACUUCCGGCCAUGGCAGAUGAAGGCCUACAACGGAACGACGGACCCCCAAGAUCAUUUGUCUAAGUUCUAUGCUUCUAUGGAAGCGGCGGCAGCCCCGGACGAGGUCAAGUGUCGAUGCUUUCUCGCGACGCUGAGGGGCUCCGCGUGCGAUUGGGAUACACUAGCGGAGAAGUUCUUGACGCAUUUCGCGGCAAACCGAAGGCAGAGGCUCCCUUACUCCCACCUGCUCAACAUAUGCAUCCGCAAGGGAGAGAAGGUCCGCGACUUCAUAGUUUGGUGGGAAAAGGAAGCCAGAGACGUGCAUGGGGCGGAUGACCAAGCGUUGGUGGCCAUGUUCCAAGCAGCCCUUCCCCGCGGAGAGGUGAGGAAGGAGCUCCGCAAGAAUCCUCCCCCCACGUACCAAGAGACCUUGGUGCGCGCUAAGUUCCUAGCCUCGGAGGAGUUUGAUGAUGCUCCCGACUCUGAGGCUGCGCCCGCCAAGCGCGCUCCCGCAGACUCCGGAGAGGCCGCGAAGAAGAGGAAGAAGAAGAAAGAUUACACCGCGGGCCCGAGGACGCCUUCGGCUAGUGUGUACUCCGUGGGUGCGCCCUUGGGGACGGUUCGAGAGCUUGCCCUCUCCUCGCUCCCGCACGUAGAAAUCUAUGCAGUGUCCAGCAGUGCCAAGUAUUGCGAGUAUCAUCGCAACAACACUCAUAACACUAAGGAAUGCUUCACUCUCCAAAAGGAGAUGCAGAGACUCAUCGCCCGAGGGCCGCCUCCACGAGAUGAUGGAGCAGCCCCAUCUCGGGGGCCGCUGGAAGGAAGAAUUUGGAGAAAGCUGGCCGAACCGGUCGCGGUGGCCACGCAAGCAAGGAACCCCGAGAAGAGGCACAUUGGGCGAGAGUGUGAUGAUCUAGACGAGGACGAAGCCCAAGGAUAUCCGGUGGGAUUCAUCCAUGGAGGAAACAUUGGCGGGGACUCCAUCGCUCAAAGGAAGAGGUGGAAGCACAUGGCCUUCGUCGCCAAAGUCCAUCAGGCGCCCAAGCACGGAAGACGUGAGCAAAUCCAAUUCACGGAGAAGGAUCUUCCGAACACGCCGAGCCCCCACCGGGAUGCCUUGGUCGUGAAGCUGGAGAUUAACAAUGCCAUAGUGCACCGCACCUUGGUGGACACGGGAAGCUCGGUCAACAUAAUGUAUGAGAAGACCUUCCAAGACCUCGGCUUGGACCGCAAGGACUUAAGGCCUUUUCCCACUCCUUCGGGAAUCGGGGUGGCGAGGGGAGACCAAAAGUUAGCUCGAUCGUGCUACGUCCGUAUCACGAAGAAAUUGCCAAGGGAUGAGACGUUGGUCGUGCACGCACAGGAGGAAAUGCGGAAGCUGGAAGCACGACCGAAGGCCGAGCCCGGCGAGGAGGUCGAGGAAGUGCCGCUCGACCCUCAGACACCCGAGCGGAAGGUGAAGGUCGGGGAGCCGAAUGCGCCCUCGCGCAUGUCCAAAUGGGCGGUGUUCCUUGGAGCUUUCCAGAUCGAAUUCAAGCUAAGGCUAGCGAUCAAGGGCCAAGCGCUAGUUGACUUCGUGGUGGAAUGCACCGCUCGGGAGGAGCCGAGCCUCGAAGAGCCGGAAGCCGACGACUGGUGGAUAAUUUUUACCGACGGCUCCUCCGCCGCCAAAAACUCGGGGGGUGGAGUGGUAGUCAUCGCGCCCGAAGGCUUCAAAACGUAUUACUCAAUUCGAUUCGGUUUCAAGGCAUCAAAUAAUGAAGCGGAAUGUGAAGCGCUCUUGUGCGGGCUACGCCUAGCAGCCGGGAUGAACGCAACAAAGCUAAGGGUAAAGUGUGAUUCAAAGCUGGUGGUUGGCCACGUCUCGGGAGUGUUCGAGGCGAAGGACGAAAGAAUGAAGAAGUACAGAGAUACCGCUCUAGAGUUACUUAAGAGUUUCACCGCGUAUAGUGUGGAGCAGAUCCCUCGGGCGGAGAAUGCCGAGGCGGAUAUCUUGUCGAAGCUGAGCUCGGACACGCCCGAGCACAUCAGGCGGAUGGUGAACGUGGAAGAGUUGUCCGAGCCGAGCAUCCAUGCCUUCCUCGUGGCAAUGAUCUGUGCUCGGCCAAAAGAUUGGAUGGACGACAUAGUUGCCUUCUUGAAGGAUGGCGCCCUCCCGGACGAUGCAAAAAAGGCCAAGUUGGUCCGGACUAGGUCACCUGGGUACACUUUGGAGGGCGAAAAGCUAUACAAGCGAGCAUACAACGGUACGCUGCUCAGGUGCCUCCGACCAGCUGAAGCGGAGCAAGUCAUGGAGGAGGUGCACGCGGGGAUCUGCUCCGCCCACCAAGGAGCCUACGCGGUGUCAAGGAAGAUAACCCUCCAAGGAUAUUUUUGGCCAACAAUUGUUAAGGAUUGCGCGGAGUUUGUGAGAAAGUUCAAGGUGUGCCAAGAGUUCCAGAAGGUACCAGGGAGGCCUUCAACAAACUGUACCCCCAUCAGCACAGCUAUCCCGUUCGCGCGGUGGGGGUGGACCUCGUGGGUGCGCUUCCUAGAGUUUCUCGCAAAGCAAGUCAUCUGCCGCUUCGGCGUUCCCGAGCACGUAAUCACAGACAAUGGAACACAAUUCGAGUCCAAGCCCUUUAAAUACUUUCUCGAGAGUUGGGGGAUCAAACACAGUUAUGCGUCGCUUGGGUACCCGCAGACAAACGGGCAGGUCGAGAACGCCAACCGAACGAUAGUCGAUGGGCUGAAGCGAAAGUUAGAAGCUUGUGGAGGGGAGUGGGCAGAGGAGUUGCCCUAUAUCUUAUGGACCUACCGGACCACGCCCCGAAGGGCAACUAGGGAAACUCCUUUCGCUCUAAGCUACGGAUUCGAGGCAAGGGCACCCCCAGAGAUCUCCAUCGCAACCCACCGGGAGGAGGUCUUUGACCCCGAGCGCAAUGAGGAAGCCCUGGCAGCCGAGCUCCACCUCGUGCAUGAAAGACGAGAAGCAGCCUUCAUACGGGCGGAGAAUUACCGAAGGAAGGUGAAGAGCUACCAUGAUGGGCGCGUGCGCGCGCGGGGGUUCGUUGAAGGAGAUUGGGUGCUGCGCAAGAGGGCAGUGAGUCGCCCCCUAGAAGGAGGAAAGUUUGCCAAAAAUUACGAAGGCCCAUACAUCAUCAAAGAAGUGGUGGGACCUUCGACAUUCCGCCUGCAGACGCCGAGCGGAGGGGACGUGCCCAGAACGUGGAAUGCCGAGAAUUUAGUUAAGUUUUAUCAGUAGACUUCUGAUGUACACGGACCCCAAAAUGGGAACCCACAGAUCUUUUCGGUUGAGCUCAAUGGAAUGAAGUUUUUUUUUGCGA